AUGCAGGAAUCAUUUAAACGAGAAUGUAUGGGAUACUACAAGACUGCGCCGAUCUCCAUCAGGCAAAAUGUCUGUUUAGCGCAUUUCCCCAUCCCACUCUUCCUACUCAUCUUACUCACGACUUCUCCGGCUAGAAGCAUACACAUGGAGGCCAUCGAGAGCCACAGCGAGUUCAGCUGUGAGCCCAUCCGACUACGAAUGUGCCAGGAUCUGCCUUACAACACCACCUUCAUGCCCAACCUCCUCAACCACUACGACCAGCAAACAGCCGCGCUCGCCAUGGAGCCAUUCCAUCCCAUCGUAAACUUGGUGUGCAGCCCUGACCUACGGAUGUUCCUGUGCGCGCUCUACGCUCCAGUGUGUGUCGUGUACGGACAGGUGUCCAUGCCAUGCCGUGCUCUCUGCCAACGGUCCAAACAAGACUGCGAGAGAUUAAUGGAAAUAUUUGGACUCAUCUGGCCGGAUGAUAUGGAGUGCAGCAGGUUUCCAGAUUGUGACGAGGCGUAUCCUCGCCGAGAGGAUCUGCAGAAAGGUUCAGACCCCACCGACCAGUCGUCCAUGACCGUCCAGAGAGACUUCGGCUUUUGGUGCCCAAGAGAGCUGAAAAUAGAACCAGAGCUGGGUUACUCAUUCAUGGGCAAGAGAGACUGCUCUGCUCCUUGCCCAUCCAUGUACUUCAGCCAACAGGAAGUGACCUUCACACGAUACUUCAUUGGGGUCACCUCUAUCAUCUGUUUGUCCGCAACGUUGUUCACCUUUCUAACCUUUCUCAUUGACGUCACCAGGUUCAGAUACCCAGAGCGACCCAUCAUCUUCUAUGCUGUGUGUUACGUCAUGGUGUCGCUUGUGUUCUUCUUGGGCUUCUUGUUGGAGGACACCGUAGCGUGCAACACAGUCAACCACACUCAGUUCAAAGCUGCAACUGUAACACAGGGCUCGCACAAUAAGGCGUGCACCUUAUUUUUCAUGAUCCUCUACUUUUUCACCAUGGCUGGCAGCCUGUGGUGGGUCAUCCUGACCAUCACCUGGUUCCUGGCGGCCGUGCCCAAAUGGGGCAGCGAAGCCAUCGAAAAGAAAGCCCUCCUCUUCCACGCUGUUGCCUGGGGGCUCCCGGGGGCCCUCACCGUCGCCCUAUUGGCCCUCAACAAAAUCGAAGGCGAUGGGAUCAGCGGAGUGUGUUUCAUAGGACUCUAUGACAUGGACGCCCUACGGUGGUUUGUUUUGGCACCGCUCUGUCUCAACUUGGCGGUGGGCGUCUCGCUUCUUUUGGUGGGGAUCGUGGCUCUGAAUCGCGUGCGCAUGGAGAUCCCCCUGGAGAAAGACAACCAAACCAAGCUGGUCAAGUUCAUGAUCCGAAUGGGCAUUUUCUCCGCGCUCUAUUUGGUGCCCUCGCUGACAGUGAUCGGCUGCCACGUGUACGAGCACGCCUACCGCCGCGUGUGGGAGACCACCUGGAUGGAGGAGAACUGCCGCCGCUAUCACAUCCCCUGCCCGUACAAGGUGGAGGAGAACAGUCGACCAUCCGUGGCUUUGUUCCUGACAAAGUACUUGAUGAUGCUGGUGGUGGGAAUUCCCUCCGCUUUCUGGGUGGCCAGCAAGAAGACCUGCUUUGAGUGGGCCAGCUUCCUGCAUGGGCGCAGGCGGAAAGACAGUGGAGUGAAUGAAUCUCGCCAGGUGCUACAAGAGCAACCCGAUUUGGCCCAGUCACUGCUGCGUGAACCCAACACGCCCAUCAUAAGGAAGUCCAGAGGAACGUCCACUCAGGGUACGUCCACUCACGCUUCUUCCACUCACCUGGCUGUUCUGGACGACCUGGACGAGCCCACGAAAAACCAACAGCCCGCUUCCACCCGGAGCAAAGCCGGCAGCGUCCACAGUAAAACCAGUCACCACGGCAGCCUGCGCCGCUGUCGUGACGACAGGUACGUAAAUAGGAACGAAACGGUGGUCUACAGAGGCGUCGAGGAGCGAGCUUUCCACGGCAGCGCGUUGCGUCUGGACCACCCGUUGUCAACACACAGUAGCCAGAGGGACGUGAGCGAAGCAGCGUCCGCGCUGAUCACGCACGGAUCCACGGCCAAUGAGAGCCACGUUGCCGACAAUGACGCCACCAGCGCCUAA